AUGGGUAAAAGAGCUCAAAUCAUUGUCGAUAAGGCAUUACGACUCAAGGAGGAUAACCAGUCCGAACCGAAAAGACUGAAACUCAACCAAUGUAAUGAAGAACCAUGUGGAUCUGGUCAUCCACAGAAUACCACUUCUAAAGAAGUAGAUUCAUCAGGUGCAAACAUUCAGAACUUUGAGAAUAAAAAAACGAACAACCAGAUCAUUCAAGUUCCGAAUCUUGAAGACCCAACUAUCACCGAAUCAAGUCAGAAUAUAAUAAUCAAGGAAAUUCUUGUGUUCAAAAGUCCAAUCGAAAAAAUUCAGAUUCCUAGGCUAUGUUCAUCAGGGAUACACACUGAUGAAAACAAGGAGAAUGAAUUGAGAAAUAAACAUUCACCUCUGAAUUUGAAAGUGAUAGUUGAAGGAGUUCCUAUUAUUGACGAAUUCAAUGAAGGCAUCGUAAUUUCUCAUCCAAUUAGCCCAGGAACGAACAUUAUGAAUACAGAACAUAAAGAACCAGAAAACUUGGAGUUUCAAUGCCAGAACAAUGAAGACUUACUUGAAGAAAUUGCGAUUCCUGAUGAGGACUCACUUGAAGAAAUGGUUAUUGAUAAUAAUUACAAUAAUUACGAAUUAAAUAACAUUGAACAGGAAAUACAAAACGAAGAUUCCGAUGAUAGUAUGAAAGACCGAGACUAUAUUCCUGAUUCGGAAAGUGUUAGUAGUUUAGAGGAAGGAGAAGUUGACUUGCUAUUUGAUGAAGAGGAGAUUGAGAGGAAGCAGAAAUUAAAGCAAGAAAAGGAAAAUUGGAAAGGACGUUCCAAGAAAGGACGGAAUAAUAAAUAUCCUGGACAAACUUUCGCCACAAGAAAGAAAUUGAAAGAUGCCAAUAAGACUCACUACACUGUCAAAGGAAAAUUGAAAGAAGCCAAACAAUUCAUCGACUACAAAUGCAGCUGUCUGAAAAAAUGCAGUGAAAAAUUAUCAGGAGAUGAAAAAGGAAUAUAUUUCAAAAAUUUUUAUGAUUUAGCAUCAUACGAUUUGCAAACUAUUUAUAUCGCAGCAACAGUCAAAGAAAUGCCUAUUAAGAGAAAACGAGCUAAAAAUGGUCCAGGUAAAUCUUAUACUAGAGUCUAUAUGCUUGGAAAGGUUGAAGUUUGCCGGGAUACUUAUAUAAACACUUAUCAGAUAUCUACUAAGAGAGUAAAUACUGCAUUAGAAAAAAAACGUAGCUCCCACAUAAAAGAUGAGCGAGGAAAAUCUGGAGGUAAGAAGAAAGUUGAUGAAGAAAUAAUAAAUCUAAUCAUCAAUCAUAUAAAGAAAUGUCCAACCUAUGUUUCUCAUUACUCUCGAUCAGAAACUGAGGCGAAAUUCUUGCCUUACGACCUUACUGAGAGUAAAAUGUAUGAACUGUAUAUAGCUGACAAUCAUCCAAAAGUUAGUUUUCAGUUCUUCAAAAAUAUAUUUUAUAAACAUUUCAAUUUGAAACGGAAACCCCCAAUUAAAGAUACAUGUAACAAGUGUGACAUGUAUUCUUCACAAGUGAAAAAUGCACAAGAUGAGAACCAACAACUAGUUUUGAAACAACAACAUGAUGUGCAUCUUGAAAGGGCGCAGCUUGCUAGAGAACAGCUCAACAAAGAUAUGAGAGAAGCGAGUAAAAACCGACAUAUUGAAACCCUUUGUUAUGAUAUGGAAAAGGUUCUGGGAUUACCUAAGUUACCAACAAAUAUUGUCUAUUAUAAGAGACAAUUAAGUAUUUUCAAUGAGGGUAUUCAUUCAGGAUCAACGAAUACUCCAUAUUGCUUUUUGUGGAAAGAGGGGGUAGCAGGGCGAGGAGCCCAAGAAGUCGGCUCAUGUAUUAAAAAAUUCAUCGAUGUGCACCUUAAGAAUGGAGUAGAGGAAUUAAUAUUGUGGUCAGAUAGCUGUGGUGGCCAAAAUCGUAACAUAAAAAUUGUGAUUAUGUUAAAAACAGUUUUGAUGCAGCACCCAACAUUGAAUGUAGUUUAUUUCAAAUAUCUUGAGUCCGGGCACAGUGUUUUGCCGAACGACACAGAUUUUGGGCAAAUAGAAAGGGCGCUCAAAAAUCAGGUUCGCAUUUAUACACUGAAAGAUUUUAUGUCAGUAAUAGGAAAUUGUAAGAAACAUCAUAAAUUUGUAAUAAACCUGAUGGAGUCCGAUGAUUUUUACUCAACUGAGGAUAUUGAGAAACAAAUUUCAAACAGGAAAUUGACUACUAAUAAAGAGAAAGUGAGUUGGUUGAAAACAAAAAUAAUAAAACUUGAGAAGUCGAAACCAAAUUCGAUAUUUUUGUGUGAGUCCCACUCACCUGAAGAGAAUGAUUUCAAAGAAAUAGAUAUUUUGAAAAUAACACGAGGCAAAAAAAUUCCCAUUGAUCCUCAAAAAUUGAAAGUUCUUUACCCUGAAGGAAAAGCCAUCUCGAAGAAAAAAUGGGAUGACAUCAAGACCUUACUAAAGUUUCUUCCCAAAGAUGCAAUUGACUUUUACAGAGUCGAGAAUAUCGAGAACUUUGAGGAUGAUAUCGAAGGUUUUGGCUCAAAAACUGAUUUUGACUAUGAAGAUGCAGUCUGA